AUGGCUGGAAGUGGAGGUGAUAGCUCGAAAGUUAGGUCACGGGAGCCCACUGCUCUGGGAUUAGCAAUAGGAUUCGGAUCAAGCAGCAGAAAUCCAUCUGGUGCAAGUACUGCCGGAUCCACUCCACUCGACAUUCCUCAAGCUGGUAGUUAUGGAAAUGAAUUAACCUACUUUCCAGUGGAGCAAUUUGCAGAAUCUCCACACGAUCCAAAUACUCUUUCGACUUUCUAUAACCGAGUUAAGUCAUUAACCACUGCAGCUACUUCGGUAAUGCAAAAUGUUCUGCCAGGAAGUGGUCAGAAAGAGGAACUCAACUUUAAACGAACUGCUUCAGGAAGUAUCAACAAUGUCUCCAACGGGCCCGAUGGUUCUCCUUAUGGCGGUCAGAGCUCUGGUUCGGGUUUCUCAGCAUUGCAUCAUUUAGCACCCUCUGCUCCGCUUGUUACCAGUGGACUUUCUCCUGCUACUGGUUCCGCUUCACCUGCCAUGAAUAUUAAUAGCACAUCUAUUGCUAUUCCAACUGUCACACGUACUGACACCUUUGGAAGUACUGUGCUAGCUGGUCUCCCCGGGGUUGGAAGUGGGAUAGUUAGCGAUAAUAGUACGAUUGGUUCCUCCAUGAGAACCAACAACAUUAGCGAUGCCGCUUUUGAAUCUGAUAGAGCAAUUGCCCUAGGGACAAAUAUUAACACCACCACUUCUGAUGGAAAUGCCGUAGGAGCCUCAACACCAACCGCAUCGCCACUCAGAUAUCUUCAGAAUCCCUGGAAUACGAAUCCCAGGAUAUCAGGAUCCGAUGGAGGCUCUGACAUGCUUUCAACCGCGAUUCUGACUUCUCAAAAAGCAGCUCCCAGCGUUGCAAAUGUCACCGUUGGCGAGUAUAGUGAAGAGCUAAACGUGGAUCGGAGUAUACACAGCAUGGAGAGGUCAUUUUCAAAGCAUUCUACUCAGUUAUCUCGAUCUCCUAGCACAAGCACGAUGUAUUCAUACAACCCUCGUAGCCACCUUCCAGGAUAUGCCUUAGAACAGGAUGAUGCAAGUGAUACAGAGUCAAUUGUCUCUUCAAAUCGAGACUACAUAAUUUCCCAGCUGUCAAGGAGGAUAGAACCCAUCACACCUGGUGGACUAAAUAGGGAGUUCUGGAUGAAAGAUGAAAAUGCUUCUGAAUGUUUUCGAUGUGCAAGACAAUUUACCGGUAAGUCUUAUGUAAGCUACAAUGAAUUUCCAGGCCAUACUAACUAG